AUGGGAAAACCUAUCGCAAUGAAACUCUCAGUGUCCAACAGUUCACUCAUUCCAUUUGCUGGAUCCAUUGUCCUGGAGUGCAAGUACAAUCAAUCCUCCUGGUUGUCACUGAUGUUCUACACAGUGGAGACGAAAGACCCGGUGGUAGCAGGUCUACCGCCAAGCUGUGACCUCGCAUUAGUGACAAUCCAUGGAAUUAGUGGAGAGAACCACGAUGAGCGAGUGAACACUGAGCUCACUGACAAUCAUUUAAACUACCCGAACGUCAGUGUCGUGGGUCGGAAGCCGAUCAGAGUGGGCUCGAAGACGACAGCAGUGAUUCGCGAGCGUAACAAUGCACAGUGGCGAUCAAUGGAUCGAGGCAGCAAAGGGAACGAGGAACCGAGGAGACCAUGGCCCCAGCUGACAACUUGCCAAAUGGAGCUAGACCAGGUCUUGGAGAGAAUUUCAUCAUUGCGGCUACCAGACGAGCGAGGUCCUCUGGAACAUUUAUACUCACUGCACAUCCCCAACUGUGACUGGCGGGGCCUUUACAACCUCAAACAGUGUAAGACCUCCCUGAAUGGGCAACGCGGUGAAUGCUGGUGUGUGAACCCCCACACGGGCAAACCCAUCCCAGGAUCUCCCAAAGUGCGGGGGGACCCUGAAUGUCAUCGCUGCUGUGCUGUCCCAGAGCAGAAUAAUGAUCCACUAUCCCCAGCCACAGCCUAA